AUGAAAGUGUGGCGAGAAACCAUAUACAUGCCCAUGUCCAAACAAAUCAUCCAUGCCUGCAUGAUCGAGCUGGAACAGCAUCGCGAAACUGGCAACGUGGAACUCUUCAACGUGCAGGCGACACUGCGCUCGCUCACCGACAUGUGCACAGACCGCAAAAAUUCGGAACAGCACCAACUGUACAUUGAUGAAUUUGAAACGCCAUGGAUCAAAAAUACCGACGACCAUUACAAAGCGCUGGGCCUGCGCCUCCUCGAAGGCGAGGAUCGCUCAGCCUAUCUGGUCCGCGUCACGGAGAUUUUGGAACAGGAAGAACAACGACUUCGCUCGGCAGUCCCGACCAUCAGCCAUGAGAAAAUUUUGGCCGUGUGCCACCGUUGCCUCAUUUCGAAUCACCAGGCCCAGCUCGAAACCCAAUUUCAGGUUUCCUUGGAGCGCGACAACCGCAAGGAUCUGUCUGCGUGCUACAAGCUGCUGUUGCGUGCCGAUUGUCUCGACGGUAUAACCAAUCUGUUCCAGGCCCGGAUGACAGCUGUGGGCAUGCAGGACGUCCAAGCCCUCGGUUGUUCUGCCGCGACACCCCCGAAUCCAACAGAUUUCAUUGCGCGCGUCGUGGACCUGCAUGCCAAAGGUCGCGAACUGACAAAUGAUUGCUUUCAAAGCAGCAGCAAAUUCAGUGAAUCAUUGGACCGGAGCUGUGCCACCAUCGUCAAUACCUCGCUUCCCAAACGCCUCUCGCCGGCCGAGCUACUGGCCAGGGGCUGUGACCUAGCCCUACGCAAGACCAAGGGUGCAGUCGAAGAGGAGCUGGAUAGCCGUUUGGAAGAUAUUAUGCUCAUCUUCUCUUUUUUACAAGACAAGGACGUGUUUCUCAAGUUUUUCACGAAAGCUUUUGCCAAGCGACUGAUUCAUGGCACCUCUGUUUCCGAAGCAAUGGAGGCAAACAUGAUCGGGCGCCUCAAAGCUGAGUGCGGCUUUGAGUACACCCUGAAGUUGCAACGCAUGCAUCAGGAUGUGCAGGUCUCCACAGACUUUCUGCGCAACUUUCGGCAGUCCAACAUGGGCCGAACCUUGCCCUUUUCCUUUGAGGCCUUGAUCCUGCGCACCAACGCAUGGCCCUUCGGCAGCAAUCCCCCAGCCAUUUUGCUGCCACCGCCCUUGAGCGACGCCAUUUACAAGUUUGAGCAGUUUUACACGCAUGCUCAUUCAGGUCGCAAGCUCAACUGGUUGUACCACGUGUCGACUGGAGACAUCAAAGCCAAGCUGCCCAAGGGAGUGUACGAGUUGAGUGCCACCACUUUUCAGAUGUGCACACUCUUGGCCUUUAAUACGCAAGAAUCAUUUUCGUCCAAGGACAUUCAGAAUCGAUUGGGCAUGUCCAAAAAGGAUGCAGAUCGUGUUCUUCAGUCCCUGAUUACAUGCCGGCUGCUGAUUGGACCUGAAACAAAUGACAAGGCUGCUGAUCUCGCGGAUGACGAACCGCUGACGCUCAACCUGCGCUUCAAAAACAAGAAGCGCAAGUUGAAGAUUUCCACCCCGCUCACCAAGGAAACGCAGUCGGAAACCGCGCAGACCCACAAGGCGGUCGAUGAAGAUCGCCGCAUGGUGUUGGAGGCCAUCAUCGUCCGCAUCAUGAAAACACGCAAGGCUCUCAAGUAUAAUGAGCUUGUACAGGUAUGGACGCUUGCCCCCAGUGACAUGCUUCACAGCUCAAACAAGAGCACGCUCAUGACCUCAUGA